GCCCUUUGCCAUCGCAACCGCCGUUGUAGAAUCGAUUGCAGUCGUAUACAUUCGAGCGAUGAUCUCGGGUAGUGGGUCGUUCGACAUAAACGACAUGAUAGUGCUUACCAAGCUCAACAUCGGGCCCGUGUCGGCCAUUUACAGCGUCUCCAUGGCGCUACUCAAGGCCUCGAUCCUGGUGCACCUCCUCAACUUCACCCGCUCCCCCAGCAUCAGGGCGGCCGCCUACGUCGUCAUGGCGGUCAUCGCGGUGCAGUCGGCCGUCUUCAUCGGCGGCGGUGCCGCCUGCGCGUCGGGCGUGAACCGGAUCGCCGACCUGGUGUCGUUCGUGGGUGUUGCUGGCGUCCUGCCGCCGCCGCCCUGCAGGCCCCUCUCCAAAAUCGUCAUAGGCAGCUCCACCGUCAACGUCGUCGUCGACCUUGCCAUCCUGACGAUGCCCAUUUUGAUCCUCCGCCCGCUGCAGAUGCCGACGCGCACCAAGCUGCAGGUCGCCGGUGCGCUCGCUGCCGGCGGAUUGGUGUCGGUUGCCGCCAUCUAUCGGACCUUCCUGUCCUUUGUCCUGGCAGACCACUCGGACAUCACCCACUGGACGUCUGUGGCAAUCUGGACGACCAUCGAACUGUGGUGCGCAGCGGCGUGCGCCUGCCUGCCAUCACUGAGGCCCUUCACUCUAGCCCUCGGGCGAUCGUGGGCUGGCAGACAUCACCGCGGCCCCGGAAGCGACUUGCAGUCAUACCCAGAACCGAGGGAGGCAUCCGGCGUGAGGUUCGUCAAGCUGGCGGAUGUGGAGGACAAGGCCCCGGCCGCGGAGACGGGGGCCGCCGGCGCGGAUUUACCCGACUACCUUGCCCGGUGGGCGCCAUCGGCGCCGCCUGAGGCUGCCGAGGCUUCGAGAGUCCGGCCCUGGGAGCAUGCAGGGACGGAUGUAGAGAUGUGCGCCGGCAGCGGUGUUUCUUCCGAGCACGGGCUUGUCGAGGCUAGCUUGAAACGCGCGGCGGCAAGAUCCACACAGGAAAUCUUCCCCGCUGUGAGCGAGGUGUAG